CUUGUCGAGAAUCAAUUUAUUUGCAGCAUCCUAGGUUCGAACCCUCAUCUUCUCUCUGAUAAACUAGACAGUAGACAGUUACUUACAACACAGCACACAACACACAACAUGGCUUGUCCUCCGUGCCCGUUAGAACCUGCUAUGCUUUUGGGUUCCCCCUCUUUUCCAAACGCCAUUGCUUGGUCCGAUGACAACCUCAUCGCCGUCGCCUCCGGCCACCUUGUUACCAUCCUGAGACCAGACUUGCCUAAUGGACCACGCGGCCUGAUCAAAAUCUCCCCACGCGAGCCCCUUCUAGUAGGGUUUGUCGAAAGAAAAGAUAUACUCUCUGGAUGCCUCCUGUCCACAUCUUUAUAUCGGGAUGAUAAGCCUGUUGUCCAGUCAAUAUCAUGGUCUCCACUUGGAAUGGCUGCAAAUUCAGGGUGCCUGAUAGCUGUUUGCACAAGCGAAGGACAUGUGAAGGUUUACCGUCCGCCUUUUUGUGAUUUUUGUGCUGAAUGGAUUGAGGUUUUGGAUAUAACUGAAAUGCUGUAUGAAUAUUUUCAAUGUACGGAGUUUCGAGGUACAGGGAUUCAUUCAUUGGAUCUUUCCGAAGUUCCUAACAUAAGACCAUGUCUGUUGAGAAAUACGUCAGAUCAAACAGAUUUGACAUCUAAACCUAAUGGUAAAAUGUCAAAGGAAAUGCCUGAGAGCCAAAUGCUGCCACUGAUAAGUGCUGGUCAAUAUGCAUCUCGUAGUGCAAUGCUAUGUGCGCUUGUUGUAUCGUGGUCUCCCUUGCUGCGUACAGCAUCCGAAAUUUAUCCCAUUGCUAAUACUCCUGCUUCUGUCAGUCUACUUGCUGUUGGGUCGAAGUUUGGCACCAUUUCUUUAUGGAGAUUUUACGAACCAGAUUGCUAUACUAUUGAGGACAGAAAAGCCCCAACUACUGGAAAGUUUGUUGGCCUUCUUCAGGCACACAACUCAUUGGUCACAUCAAUAAGUUGGUUGUUGUUUGCUUUUGAUUCUUCAAGUCCUCAAAUUAUAUUAGUUUCUGGAAGCUCUGAUGGGAGUGUGAAGGUAUGGUUAGGUGAAAAUGACAAAUUACUGAAGUCAUCAGAAGUUGAUCAAGCUUCAUUCUUGUUAUUGAAGGAGGUUAUAACUGUCAAUGCUAUCCCAGUUUCUGUACUUUCAGUAACUGUGCAUGCUCAGUACCCUUCCAAGAUGCUUUUAGCCAUAGGAAAAGGUUCUGGUUCGUUUGAAAUAUGGCUAUGCGACGUAUCUUCUCGGGUAUUUGAUAAGCUUGGCUCAUAUGAUUCACAUGAUUGCAUUAUUACAGGUUUAGCCUGGGCAUUUGGUGGAAGAUUUCUGUACACCUGUAGCCAGGAUAACUUAUUGCGUAGCUGGAUUUUGCGCGAGAGUCGUUUAGAUGAAGUAUCCACCCAUUCUGAUUUGCCUCGUAGUAAUGAUUCAAUCCGCCCAUCAAGAGAUGCAUUUGAUUCAUGUUUUGGUGUAGCUGUGUCCCAUGGAAAUCUUGUCAUUGCAACUGUUCAUUGCUUUGAUGUUGAGAAAUUAAAUCGAAUGUAUGAAGGAAGGAUUCUGAAGGCAGCUAUUGAAUACUUUUGGAUUGGUGGGCUACAUGUGGAUGUUUGGUUGAAAUCUCCCUUCUCUUGCUACAUUGAAAAAAGUUCCAGUUUUCUCGAGAAAAAUUUAACUUAUUGGGGGGCCAAUAUCAUAUGGUCUUUAAACCGAUAUCAAUGUCUUGAUAAGCCUCUAGUUCUUUGGGAUAUAAUUGCAGCAUUGUUGGGUUUCAAGGAUAACAAGCCAAAAUAUGUAGAGAAUUUACUGAUUACGUGGCUCUCAUUAUCAUUUCUUGGAUCUCAUGUGGACCUUCCUCUUGAAACUGUUUUAUCACGUGUCUCUUCAAGCCUGUCAAACGUUCCUUCUCGACUGCUACACUUGCUCAAUAUAAUAUGUAGACGGGUGGUGUUAGCAGAGCUGGAAGCUGAUCAAAUAACUGGAAUAAAUAGCAAAAUUCGAAACUUGGAAGGGGCAUGCCCUGCCACUGAAAAGAAAAUUACUACGUGGAUAGAAAUUCUUUUAAGCAGCGAAAGAGAGCUCCGAGAAAGGCUUGUGGGUUUAAGUUUUUCCGCUUUCCAAAAUGGCUUGUCCUCCCCCCCUGAAGCAACUCCUUCCCAACCUGGCUGUUGGUAUCCUGUUGGACUAGCACAGAUGGAAAAAUGGAUUGCUUUAGAUCAGGAACAUGUACGAGAGCAGGUGAAAUUCAUUGCAUCAAACGUUACUCAUGAGAAAAGCAGGUUUGUGACCUGUGGAUACUCAGCAGUCGAGCCAUGCAGUUAUUGUUCAGCAUCUGUUCUAUUUGAGUCCCCCGAGUUUGGUUUUUGUCAAGGUGAAAAUUGCAGCAGUGGCAAUGUUAAACGUCACAGGUUAUUGAGAUGUUCUGUUUCCAUGGAGAUUUGCCCUAGUGCUCCCCUAUGGUUUUGUGUAUGUUGCCACAGGUUUGCAUUUAGAGUGGCACCUGAACCACUUUUUAGAAUGUCUUCAUUUUGUCUAGAUCUAGAGUCUUCAACUAAAUCUUCCUCUCUAGUAUCGUCAAGACCAUUAUGUCCCUUUUGUGGGAUACUGCAACAAAGAAAACAGCCAGACUUUCUACUCUCUCCGGCACCUGUGUAAGAAUAUUUAGUAAUUUGUUGUACUAUAAUGUAAUUUUAAGAGGUUCUGAUGCUUCUAUGAAUGGCUUCAUCCUUCAUGUAUUUUAGUUUUUCCUCAUCAUAUAUGUUGUUCUAUUUGUUACUGUUGUAUGAUAAUAAUUCUGAUGAACUUGUACAUGGUCUGGUUAGCAU